AUGUUAAACAAGAACAUUCUGCUGUUUUCUCUUAAGAUUAGUCUCUUAGGAAUCACUCUUGGUGGCAAUGUUCUGAUUUGGCCAAUGGAAGGGAGUCAUUGGCUGAACAUUAAGAUAAUUAUAGAUGAAUUGAUUAAAAAAGAGCAUAACGUGACUGUCUUAGUUGCCUCUGGUGCACUUUUCAUCUCACCAGCCUCUAAACCAUCUCUGAUGUUUGAAAUAUAUAAGGUGCCCUUUGGCAAAGAAAGAAUAGAAGGAAUCAUCAAGGACUUUGUCUUGACAUGGAUGGAAAAUAGGCCAUCUCCUUCAACCAUUUGGAGAUUCUAUCAGGAGAUUGCUAGAGUCCUCAAGGACUUUCACAUACUGUCUAGAGAAAUCUGUGAUGGUGUUCUCAAAAACCAAAACCUGAUGGACAAGCUGAAGAAAAGCAAAUUUGAGGUCCUAAUAUCAGAUCCGGUAUUUCCUUGUGGUGAUAUAGUAGCUUUAAAACUGGGAAUUCCAUUUAUGUUCUCCUUGAGGUUUUCUCCAGCUUCAACAGUGGAAAAGCAUUGUGGGAAGGUACCAUUCCCUCCUUCCUAUGUACCUGCUAUAUUAUCAGAACUCUCCGACCAGAUGUCUUUCACUGACAGAGUAAGAAAUUUCAUCUCCUACCAUCUACAGGACUACAUGUUUGACAGUCUUUGGAAAUCAUGGGAUUCCUACUAUAGUGAAGCUUUGGAUGGUAGUCAUUGGUUAAAUAUUGAGAUCAUUCUAGAAGAGCUGAUUCAAAGAAAUCACAAUGUGACUGUACUGGCUUCAUCAACAACUCUAUUAAUCAACUCUAAUCCUGAUUCUCCCGUGAAUUUUGAGGUGAUACCUGUCUCCUAUACGAACAGCAAUAUAGAUUCCUUAAUUGAACAUAUGAUAAUGCUGUGGAUGGACCACAGACCAACUCCUCUCACACUCUGGACUUUCUAUAAGGAACUAGGAAAUCUUCUAGAUACUUUUUUUCGAAUCAAUAUACAAAUCUGUGAUGGAGUAUUAAACAAUCCCAAGUUAAUGGCAAGACUUCAGAAAGGUAGUUUUGAUGUGUUAGUUGCAGAUCCAGUAACUAUCUGUGGGGAUCUGGUUGCUCUGAAAUUAGGAAUUCCAUUUGUAUACACAUUGAGGUUCUCUCCAGCCUCCACAGUUGAGAGACAUUGUGGGAAAAUCCCAGCACCUGCCUCCUAUGUACCCGCAGCUUUGUCAGAGCUCACUGACCAGAUGACCUUUGGUGAGAGGGUUAAAAAUACUAUCUCUUAUCCUCUGCAAGACUACAUAUUUCAGUCCUACUGGGGAGAAUGGAAUGCAUACUACAGCAAAGUUCUAGGAAGACCCACUACAUUAUGUGAGAUUAUGGGAAAAGCAGAAAUUUGGCUAAUCAGGACGUACUGGGAUUUUGAAUUUCCUCGCCCAUACUUGCCUAAUUUUGAGUUUGUAGGAGGGCUGCAUUGUAAACCUGCCAAACCAUUACCUAAGGAAAUGGAAGAAUUUGUCCAAAGUUCAGGUGAAGAUGGUAUUGUGGUGUUUUCUCUGGGAUCAAUGGUCAAAAACCUCACAGAUGAAAAAGCCAAUCUCAUUGCCUCAGCCCUUGCCCAGAUUCCACAGAAGGUUUUAUGGAGAUACAAAGGAAAGAAACCAGCCACAUUAGGAGACAACACUCGUCUCUAUGAUUGGAUACCCCAAAAUGAUCUUCUUGGUCAUCCCAAAACAAAAGCUUUUAUCACUCACGGUGGAACCAAUGGGAUCUAUGAAGCUAUUUACCAUGGGAUUCCUAUGGUGGGAGUUCCUAUGUUUGCUGAUCAACCUGAUAACAUCGCUCACAUGAAGGCCAAAGGAGCGGCUGUGGAGGUGGACAUAAGCACAAUGACCAGUGAAGAUCUGCUCAAUGCCUUGAGAACAGUCAUUAAUGAACCUUCUUAUAAAGAGAAUGCAACAAGGUUAUCCAGGAUUCACCACGAUCAACCUGUAAAGCCCUUGGAUCGAGCAGUCUUCUGGAUAGAGUUCGUCAUGCGUCACAAAGGAGCCAAGCACCUGCGGCCGGCGGCUCACAACCUCACCUGGUUCCAGUACCACUCUCUGGAUGUGAUCGGGUUCCUGCUGGCUUGUGUGGCAGCUGCUAUCUUCUUGGUCACAAAAUGUUGUUUGUUUUCUUAUCAAAAAUUUGGUAAAACAGGAAAGAAGAAAAAGAGGGAAUAGAUCUUUCUAAGUGUGGCAAAGGCUUUGAUGGGCAAUCCUGUUCAUUCUAGCCACAGUGACCUUAAUGAAAACAGAUUAUCUCCAUCCCAUUUUCAAAAUACCCAUUCCUCUACCUUAGCCUAGAGAUAAAGCCUAGAAUUCAGCACGAUCAUCAACUAGUGAACAUGUCCCAGUGUUCCUUUGUCUUUUCCCAGAUGCCUAUACCCUCUUGUUUUUCUGACACAGGGACACUAAUGAUUUCAUGAAUCUUCUAUUUAAUUAUGCUUAACCUUAAGAAUAUGCUGACUAACAAUAUGCUGAAUCCUGAGGAGUGCUUGAAAUGUUAGUUGAAUGUGAUGGAUGUAGGGAAUAUAGAAGAAUAAAAUUCACAACUUCCCCAAGAAUAUACAAAGCAAGGAGCCACCAUAGAAGGUUAGUAUGCUAUAAAAAGAGUGAUUAUUUCUUUUUUUCACAGAAAACAAGCCCUUCUGCUUGUCCAAAGUUAUUGGGGUUAGAGCCUAAAUUGAUAAUAACUGUUAUAGUGCAUCAAAGUAGGGAAGGUCUACAAAUUCCAUUCAAUACAUAGAUAAUUAUGGCCUGUGUACCUGCCUGCAAUCAGCUAACACUCUUGUGUGCCUUUUAAUGCAGGGGUCUGGGGACUACCCUCAAACAAAAGAGAUUAAUUGAGUUAUUAUUUUUUCUCAGGGACAGAGAAUGUCAGCAAUAUCUUAAAGGUGAUCAGAUCAUUUAUAGAGGAAAUAAUUAAGAAAUAUAGAAAAAAUUACAUGAAACUUUUAAUUAACAUUGAUAACAUUAAAGUGAAAUGUCAAUUUAUUAUAUUGAAAAAUCACUAAUGUCCAUAAUCUAUAAUCACUCUUUAUAAUCAAAGAUUUAGUUUUCUAACAAAAACAAAUAUUUACUUGGAAUGUAAGAUGAUUGUAUUAUUUUUCAGUCUGUAUUAUUUACAAAUUUAAAUUUAUCAAUUAAUUAUUAUGCCACGGAUGUAAGAUAUUAGCAUAUUUGCUUGACUAAUGGCAUGCUUUAGUAAAUAUUUAUCAUGGAAAACACUAAUUAAAAUUCAUAUUUGAAUCAGCUCUGCAUUAAUUUAACAAAUGAAGGCUGUGCUUAAUUUACCCCUUAUAAACUUAAUGACAUAUUCUAAUAAAAGUUUUAAUUUCAGUAUUUCUUGUGUAAUUGAGGUGAUAAAUGACAUCCAUUAGCUUACUGAAAAUUUUGAAAUUCAUAUUCAUGUCAGUAUGGCAUAUUGAAAAUUACUUUCAAUUUAAAAAUAACUGCAUGACAUAUAGGAAUAUGUAUUUGUUUUUGAAUAUGUACAUUACCAAAAAUGCAAAUAAAUUCUUAAAUUUUUUUGUGAA